UGUGCGACUACGUGGGAUUGAUUUGAUUGAUUUACUGGUCGCUUGUGGCAUCGCUACUCACUCUUCAAGAUGACCACUCAAGGAGACCCGUUCUAUCUCCGCUACUACUCAGGUCACUCUGGGCGGUUUGGGCAUGAGUUUCUAGAAUUUGACUUUCGCACUCUCGGCGAUGGACGCAGUGCCGCUGUGCGGUAUGCGAACAAUUCGAAUUACCGCAAUGACUCCCUGAUCCGCAAAGAAAUGUGCGUGAGCGCGGCUAUGAUCCAGGAAGUGAAGCGCAUCAUCAAGGAAAGCGAGAUCUUAAAGGAGGACGAUUCGAAAUGGCCCCAGAAGAACAAGGAUGGACGUCAGGAACUGGAGAUCCGACUGGGGAAUGAGCACAUCUCGUUCGAAACCGCCAAAAUCGGCUCUUUGGUGGACGUGACCGAGUCCGCGGACCCGGAAGGUCUCCGGGUGUUCUACUAUCUUGUGCAAGACCUGAAGGCCUUGAUCUUUUCGCUUAUUUCGCUCCAUUUCAAGAUCAAACCUAUCUAAACUUCAAACCCAAUGUGACCUGGAAAUGGCAUUGGACGGUUUUUGUUAUUUAUCGAGGGGAGAAUACAGGGCGUUAUUGAUUCCAUAAUGAGGGUAUUGAGAAUGGACAGUGAUAAGUUCAAACUGUGAUGACGCAAUGCAAAUUGAAUAGCCAACUCAAUCAAGAGAAAAG